GUGACGUCACUAGGUCGAGUGGAUUGAGGUGGAGGCAGCUACGUGAAAGGAAAUGUUUUGAGAAACCGAACAAAGUACGUGAAUUUAUUUUGUUGCGCUUUUGCUCAGUACUCGACUGGUUUGUGAAAAGGUUUAUUUUCGAGCGUGUGUGGUUCGUCAGUCCCCGUUGCCCGUUCUCGUUGGAGUGAACACAAAGGCGGACUCCAUGAAAGAUGACGGAGGAGGUGACAGUUGUAGCCAAGUGGGACUACACGGCCCAGCAGGACCAGGAACUUGACAUCCGGAAGAACGAUCGGCUUACUCUGCUGGACGACAGCAAGACGUGGUGGAGGGUGAGGAACGCCUCAAACCAGACCGGCUACGUCCCCUCCAACUACGUAGAGCGCAAGAACAGCCUGGUGAAGAAGGCCUCUCUGGUCAAGAACCUCAAAGACACACUGGGACUGGGUAAGGGCAGAAGGAAGCAGAGUGCCAGUGAUGCCUCCCCCACGCCCAGCACGGAUGCGGAGUACCCCUCCAAUGGGAGUGGAGGAGGUGGUGGCGGAGGAGGAGGGGCCGAGCGUAUCUACGACCUCAACAUCCUGGCCGUGGUCAAGUUCUCGUACACGGCGGAGCGCGAGGACGAGCUGACCCUAGCCAAGGGGUCCCGGGUCACGGUGAUGGAGAAGUGCAGUGACGGUUGGUGGCGGGGCAGCCAGGGGGGCAGUGUGGGCUGGUUCCCCUCUAACUAUGUCCUGGAGGACCCCACAGAGGGUGAGGGGGGUGGAGGAGGAAGGGACUCCCCAGGUUAUCCAGGGCAGGGCAGGGAGGCCAUGAUGACCAUCGGGCGUGCGGUAGGUGGUGUCAGCCGGGGUUGCGAGGGCGGUGGUGCACUCCAGCUGGUCCAGACUCUGUACCCGUUCAGCUCAGUGACUGAGGAGGAGCUGAACUUUGAGAAAGGAGAGGUGAUGGAGGUGGUGGAGAAACCAGAGAACGACCCAGAGUGGUGGCGCUGCCGGAACGCCCGCGGCCUUCUGGGCCUGGUGCCCAAGAACUACGUGCUGGUGCUGAAUGACACCAACGGGCCUCCCGGGCUCCCUGCCCUGCCGCUGUCGCCCCCCGGCUCCCCACAGAUUGGCUACGUGGCCCCGGCGUGCGAGGGCAAGUUUGCAGGCAGGGACUGGUACUAUGGAGGGGUGACCAGACACCAGGCAGAGCUGGUCCUCAACGAGAGAGGAGAGGAGGGGGACUUCCUCAUACGGGACAGCGAGUCAUCGCCCAGUGAUUUCUCUGUGUCUCUGAAGGCGCCUGGGAAGAACAAGCACUUCAAGGUGCAGUGUUCAGAGGGGGUCUACUGUAUUGGCCAGCGCAGGUUUAGCUCCAUAGAUGAACUGGUGGAACACUACAAGAAAGCCCCCAUCUUCACCGGCGAACAAGGAGACAAGCUCUACCUGGUCAAACCGUUGCACGCACCCCAGCUAUCCUCAACAUGCUGAACUUGGGCAAAAACCUUACUGUCUGUUUUAGCCCAGUCACAUAGCCCGUCUUGGUUCUGUUUCCUUUGUUUGUUACUGUUUUUUAAAUCUACAUUUAAAACCAUCUCCAGAGGUUCCGAUGAUUUAGAAAGGAAAUCAUGAGUUCCCUAAGUGACCACUGUAAACGCCCUCUAUUUACUUUUUAUUUUUCUUCCAUUUGCCUAAUCCUCAUCUAUCCAUCUCUUCCUCCACCUUCAUCCUCCUCGGAACUCUAGUCGAGAGAGAGACUGUCAAUGUGCCACCCGCUUACUGUAUUGCUUUUGUAUUGGCACUACACUUACUGUUCUGUUUUUCUAUUGGCUCCAGCUCUACACUACUGCUAUUUGAUUGGCUUCUGCUGUACACUAACUGUACUGUUCUAUUGGCUCCAGCUCUACACUACACUUAGGUCUCUGUUCAGUCUGGAUCGCUGAAGCGUUACAGAUUGCACUGUAGAAAUGUAAAGGUAGUUUCCGAUUUAGCUGACAGAUGCAGAGUUUACCGUGAAUGCAGUCUGCGCUAACGCGGGAACAUUGCCUUUAAAUUUUAAUUGCGCUUUAACGCUGAACUUCCGCUAUACGAAUUCAAUAGAGCCCUUUACUGUAAUGCUGUUCGUCGGCCCUAGUGCUGUUUUCCAAUGAAAUCAGGUCUUCAGGCGUUCUACUCUCAAUAUGUAAAUGUGGCUGAUGGAUGGCCUUUUUGUUUUUAUUUACUUCUUUCUACAUGUGUCUUUAGGUAUCGAUCAUCUCAGCUUUUACUAGAUAUAAUAUAUCUGAAUGUUAUUGAGCAUUGUUAUUUAAUUCUUGUUCCCACUGUAUGUGUAUAUAUUCCGAAAAUGAUGUGCAUAUAUGAAGCGUUUUGAUUCAACCUAUGGUACUGUACCGCUGAUCAUGUGUUGACAAUUGAAAUGCUUAUGUUCAAUAAAAGUUUUUGCAGAAUAA